CACAAUGUCCAAAUACUGGGCUACCAAGGACAUCAAUUUUUUGUGCCGUCACUUCCAUUAAAAGCAUGUUAGGUAUGAACAGGAGGAAUGAUUACAGAAAGCUAAAUCUGUACGAAUGUUCAUAUGGGCACUGGACUAUUGUUUUAAUUAAGACUUGAAAAAGUGUGUGUAUCCUUCAGUCGUAUAUUCCCUUUGUGCAUGUAGUGCUUGCCCUCUGGAGUCACCUGAGUCAGAUUUAGUUUGUUGCUUUAAUUUGCCAAACUGUGGGUUGAACACCACAAUGUUGGCCAAUGAUCUCGAGGGGCAUCGAAGACCAUAAAUUGCAAUCACACGGGCUAUUAAACAUUUAAUGCACAACAGGCUUUACUUUUCAACUUCAGGUGAGCAUGAUUUUCACUGAAAGACAUUCGGGAGAUUGCAUGAUUAUAUUCAGGCUAUUAGGUUUCUAUUAGACUUGAUCAAGUUUGGUAACUUGGAGGAUGUUUCUUGUGUGCAGUGUAUUCAUAACAGAUUUCUCUGUCUGCUUUUCAAAUCAUGACCGCUGCAGGAUCAUGGAUCUGUGUGUGACCAUCAAAGGAGUCUCCUUCCUCUUGCAAACAGGUAUGGGCAUCUUGGGGAACACUGUGGUGCUGCUGGCGUACGCCCACAUCAUCUACACAGACCCCAAGCUCCUUCCUGUAGACAUGAUCCUGUGCCACCUGGCCUUUGCCAACCUGAUGCUGCUGCUGACCCGCUGCGUCCCCCAGACUAUGACUGUGUUUGGGCUGAGGGACCUGCUGAAUGAUCCCGGUUGUAAGGUGGUGAUCUACGCCUACCGCAUCGGCCGGGCUUUGUCAGUCUGCAUCACCUGCAUGCUCAGCGUGUUUCAGGCAGUGACCAUUGCCCCCGCUGGACCCCGUUUGUCCCGGUUGAAGCCCGCACUUCCCUCCCUGGUCCUCCCCACUUUUGCGUUGCUGUGGCUCCUCAACAUGGCCGUAUGCAUCGCAGCCCCUUUCUUCUCUAUGGCUCCACGUAACGGCACCGUCCCUGCCUUCACCCUCAACCUGGGCUUCUGUCAUGUGGACUUCAGAGACCACCUGUCCUAUGUGAUUAAUGGGGUGGCUGUGUCUACGAGGGAUUUCGCCUUCGUCGCCCUGAUGCUGGGCUCGAGUGGUUACAUCCUGCUGCUUCUCCACCGCCACAGCCGCCAGGUGAGAGGGAUCCGUCGCUCUCAGGGCGGUGGGGCAGAGACCAGGGCGGCCAAAACUGUUAUCACUUUGGUGGUUCUGUAUGUGGUCUUCUUCGGGAUUGAUAACGUGAUCUGGAUCUACAUGCUGACGGUGGCAAAGGUGUCACCAGUGGUGGCCGAUAUGAGGGUGUUCUUCUCCUCCUGCUACGCUGCCCUCAGCCCCUACUUCAUCAUUUCCUCCAACAAGAAGGUCAAGGCUAAGAUCGUGUGCUCAGCUGAGCAAGACCAACCGUCAUCGGACAAUCAGGAGUCGAGUGACAAAUGACACUCGUCCUCUAUCUUGACAGGCUGUUGACUAACAAGACAGCAGAGUUCAUUUUCAACACUGCUGCAUAGAUGACAGGCAUUUAUUGAGACAAUGGAGCCUUUAGAUAGUAGUACUAGACGGAAGUGUUGCAAUAAUGUUUUCUCUUAUAUGUAUAUUU